UGUAAAUGGCCUGCUGCAGCUACAGCUACAAGUCGUGGAGGCAAGAAUGACACCGGCGCUCCCCUACAUCAAGACAACUUGAGCGUAAGAACGGAUUUGUUUCAUUAAUUCCUUUAAAAUAAUAAUAAGAUAUAUACCAAAACACGAUGGCGCUUAUCCCUGCAUCUUUACGGACACGGUUAGUGGUGGGUGUUUUUUCGUUCUUUGCAAUGUGGGGAUUUGCGCUCUCCAUCACUCGGUACUCUAUUCCGGAGGAAAUGGAAGAGGGUUCCUUUGUUGCUAAUCUGGCCACAGAUUUGGGUCUGGAUGUUCGCAGUUUGGAGGAGCGCAAAGCAAAACUCGAUGUCAUUCACAGUAAAAAUUACCUCGACAUCAACAAAGAUACGGGGGAGCUGGUUAUCCGCGAGAAGAUAGACCGGGAAAGCAUAUGCAUGACUAAAACAACCUCGUGUUUUCUGAAAAUGGAUGUCAUACUUUCGAGCCCGGUUCGCAUUUUUAACAUCGAGCUGGAAAUCAUGGACAUAAAUGACAACGCGCCGGUGUUUCGCAGAAAGACAAUGCACUUAGACAUUUCGGAGGCAACCCUUCCCGGUGAGAGAUUCUCACUGACAAACGCCGUGGAUGCGGAUGUGGGGGCGAAUUCAAUCAAGACCUACUAUCUCAGUGAAAGCAAAUACUUCAGCAUCGACAUCCAGACCGGCAGCGAUGGCUCCAAAUAUGUCGAUUUAGUGCUUAGUGGUAAUUUGGACCGUGAGGAGCAUGCUGUUCACGAUUUAAUUCUAACCGCUGUGGAUGGAGGUGUGCCUCCUCGCUCCGGCACAGCCAGUAUCAUUAUUAACGUCCUGGAUAUCAACGACAAUGCCCCCAUAUUCAGUCAGCCGGUAUAUGCAGUCAAUGUCUCGGAGAACUCGGCAGCAGGAACGGUGGUCAUGACCUUAAAUGCAACAGACUUAGACGAAGGCACAAACGCCCAGUUGGUAUACUCACACACACUGUACACAUCGGAGAAGACACAAGAGCUAUUCUCACUUGAUCCAAAUUCAGGUGAGAUCAAGGUGAAGGGGGUGAUCGAUUAUGAAGAGAGUCAGAGUUUUGAGAUGCACAUACAGGCACAGGACAGAGGGACGAACCCUCUGUCCGGACACUGUAAAGUCACAGUGUUUGUGACAGAUCUCAAUGAUAAUUACCCUGAAGUGACCAUCAAGUCUCUGAAAAGUUCGCUGACUGAGGAUGUCUCUGUAGGGACGCUGAUUGCAGUGGUCAGUGUGAGCGACAGGGACUCUGGAGCCAACGGAGAAGUGGAGCUCUCUCUAAAUAGGCAAGAAACGUUACCGUUUCUCUUAAACAAGUCCUCUGAGGGUUACUUUGAAAUGCUAGUGUCAAAACCACUGGACAGAGAGGUAAUAAGCAAAUAUGACAUCAUACUGAGAGUGACAGACAAAGGUGUGCCACCCUUAUCUGAAAAUGAAACCAUCACUUUGGAGAUACUGGAUAUCAACGACAAUGCACCUACAUUCUCCCAGUCGUUCUACACAAUCCAUGUCAUGGAGAAUAAUCCACCGGGGGCAUUAUUGACAUCUCUGAGUGCAUUUGACCCAGAUCUGAAUGAGAACCAGUACUUGGUUUAUUUCAUAAUGGAGAAAGAAAUCGUUAACACUUCUAUGUCGAUGUUGUUUUCCAUCAAUCCUGAGAAUGGUGAUCUUUAUGCCCUGAAGACCUUUGAUUAUGAGAGAGAAAGGGACUUUCUUUUCCACAUUGAGGCAAGAGACUCUGGUGUUCCCCCGCUGAGCACCAAUUGUACCGUGCAUAUUAUUAUUCUGGACCAAAAUGACAACACCCCUCUCAUAGUGUCACCUUGGCGCGCACAGGGCUCUGUUGUAGAGGAGGUGAUACCGAGGUCGACUGAGAAGGGACAUUUGGUGGCCAAAGUGAUUGCCAUUGAUGCAGACUCUGAGCAGAACGCCAGAGUCACAUAUCAGCUACUUCAGAUCAGCGAUUCAACCCUCUUUAGCCUGGAUCAGUACAACGGUGAGAUCCGGACAACAAGGAUGUUUAGUUACAGAGAUCCAAGACAACAGAGGCUGGUAAUUGUUGCCAAAGACAAUGGUCAACCUUCUCUUUCUGCUACUGUCACCGUCAAGAUAUCAACAGUGGAACAUGCAAUGGCCUUUUCAGAGACUACAGAGCUUCCACUAGACUAUGACAUGUUCACUGACCUAAACCUCUAUUUAGUGAUCGGUUUAGGAGCCGUGUCCUUUCUGCUACUGAUAACCAUCUUAGUUAUUAUUGUGCUCAAGUGUCAAAAACCAAAGCCAAAGGCCAUCAAGAUCCCUCCAGCCAAUAGAAAUAGCGUGAUCAGCAGGAACAGCGUGAUCAGCCAGAGAAGCUCCACUAUCGCAGAUUCCACGCUGAUCUCCAGCGAUGCCUACUGGUACAGCUUGUUCCUCGCAGAGACCAGGAAGGGCAAAGUGGUCGUGAGACAGCCCAUAAUUCCCAAAGGAGCUGGGUAUUUUGUUUCCAGCAUACCCAGAAGCAUAGGGCCAAGUGAGACCACAGAUUCCAGAGCAUCAACACUGGAGCAGGGGCCCAGAAGAGAACUGCCAUGAUAUAAUCAUCUCUUCAUGGGAGUCUUUGGCUAAAAAGUCUUCCCUGUGACUCACAAAGAAGAUGUAAAAAAAAAAACAGAAACAAAAAAAAAACAUCUGCUAGUCCCUCUGCUCCAGCUGUUCUUUCUCUCUGCUUCCUCCAUUGACCACUAACCACCUCAGCCUUCCAGCUUUGCUAAUCUUUUAAGCAUGAAUCUGCAUGAUUCUACAACUAAGUAUUCAGACAACAAUUUGAAAUAGUUUCUGGCAGGAUAUGUGGACAUUACUGAGCAGACCUCAUGUCAUAAAUCAUUCCCUUCAUGAUGUUCUGAAACUUUUAAAUAGACAAUUUUGCCUUUUUUUCUCCAGAGUUUAAGCUGAGUGUUGUAGUUGUAGAAACCUUCAGUACUUUGCAAUAUUCUUAAGUUCAAGUCAGGCAGCAUUUCAUAUAAGCAAGAGUUCAAAAUAUACCUAAACCUAAAUAUACAAGUGAAUCAGGGUGAAUAUGCUUCUUCCAUAAUACUGAUAUAACAUAACUGCAGCUGGUUAUGUCACUGAUUCAGCCUUUUUGUCUUGUUUCUUUUUCGGUUUUUAAUAAAAUGUUUCUACUCUAUUAUGGGUCUUGCUGGUUAGUAAGAUUCAUAUAUUUUUAGUUGAGCUGUUUUCACACAUGUGCUCCAGAAAAUAUUGAGAGAAUUACUGAAGGACAUUGUCUACAAUUGCCCUUUUCACAUGUAGCACGCAAAAGGGGAAUAGUCGGUGUCAGAUGCGUUCUCAUUACCGGAUAGACGAGACUGCUGCCUUGGAGGAGUGAGCAGAAAGCACACUCCUCCAAGAAUUCACUGGGCAAUUACCUGCUCUAGUCUCAAAUGGGUGCAUUCAGAUGUUACAUGGUGUUUUUACUAAAGAGCUGUCAGGGUAAAGACUGUUAAAUGUCCAAAAUGACAUUUGCUUUCUUACGUAGAGCUCUGCUGGUUAAUGCUGAGGAAAGUUUAGGCCCACAGCCCAAGUGUGAAAACAGCUGUAGUAAGUUUCUAAGAAAAAGAGCAAAAAAAAGGAUUUUAUUCAAUUUUACAUUUUUUAAACCGUAUUUGUUGUACUAGAGAAGUUAUGAAUGUGUCAAAGUGAUGAAAAAGAAUGAAAGACAAGAAAACAAAAAAAAAAACACAUUAUAGGUGAUACAUUGUUUCUCUUUUCAUUUGAUUGUAGAUAAAUUAGUCGUAUAAGGACGAUAACAAGAUUACAAAAGUUAACUAACAACAGAUUUACGUUUUCUAUCUGACGUGUAUGAGCUACACAAAAAUAUUGAACAAUUUUCAUUUUCACACUGUAGUUUGAGCCUGUCUCAUUACGUUGUACUAAGCAAGGGGGUCUGGAGGAGGGGUGUGCUUACACCUCUUUUUUUUUUUUUUAACUGAGGUAAUCACAGAGUGGGGUGAGGCCAGAGUGGGGGACAUGUACAACUCUCAGACACAAUGAACCGUAUUUUGAAAAACACAAUCGAAUAUCAAAUGUCAGUUUAACUGUCUGUAAGAAGAUUUGCUUAUUACAAGCUAUCGUCUCUUCGGGCUCAUUUCCUUAAAGGUUCACAGUUCAAAUAAUAACUGUGUUCACUCAUUGCACAAAGUGCAAAUUGAUUAAUUUAAUAUGAAAACAAAGGAAUAAUAUAGAGCAAGUAUAUCCAAAUGUAUUUAUCUUUGCCAGGGUACAAAGGGAUAUCAGGUACAGGCAAAACAAUUUAGGAAUAUUAUUGUUUUUAUAUAUUUUUUGGUAGUAACUUUUAAUGCUGCUUUUGUGAGCUUCUUUGAGGGCAUUUUUUGUUGCAUAUUUGUAGUUUAGUGUACGUAAUGUUGUUUUGAUGGUGUACAUAUGAAUAUAUAAAUAAUAAAACUAGAAUACUUCUCUUGACCUCAAAAGUAGCGCUGUUGCACUACGAAUAAGCCCAGGACUUUCAUGACUCAGAAACAAGGAGCUUAUUAACACCACUUAUUAGGGUGCUAAUUGAUCAAAUGUAACUGUAUGUGGUAAAAGUAUUGGAUUAUGAGAAGAAGAGUGCAGUGUUAAUUAUGCUCACAGCAUUAAAGUGCAGACUCUGCAUGUUCAGAAAUCUGCUGAACCCAUACGUGGAGCGUGAAAAGCAUUAAGCAGAUGCCAGCACUUUGAAUCUGAAUCUAAAUGUGAUCGGAGCACUCCCUUCAGUAAUGCAGUGAAGGUAGAAGAUUUCAGGAAGUAUCAGUCUUCACAUUUAGAGUCAGUGAAAUUGAACCUCUCUUCCUCUCUUUUACUGUUGCACCAGGCUUCCCAGACAUAAACACAUCUUUCUGGCUGUCUGUCAGGCUAACGAUGUCACGUAAUAAGCGAUUUCUCGCUGUGAAGAACGUUUUAUAUAUUUAAAUCAUGCCUGAACCAAUUCGAACAGUGUUUAAAAUGAUUUUUUUUUAGAAUUGCACAUACGAUGAGCUCUUUGUGUGCCUUCUGCAUUGUAAAAGAUAAACAUGACUGUUGAUGAAUGAAAUAAUGGCAUUCCACUAGUAUUACAAAUUACACUGACACCCAUGAUACAAUACCUUGAAUUUGUUGGGUGGGGCUCAGCCUUUUGGUUUCAGAGCAGGUUUUCAGUUAAAAACAAAGAAACAAACAAAAAAAAAGCAACAAAAAAACAUGCAUUUACUGUAAAAUGAACUGCUUUGUACUUUGUUUUUUCUACAGUAGACCUUUUUGAUAUUUUCUGUAUUCACUGUGACUGAAUGGCACAGGAGGUGCUUGUGCUCAGUAUUGUAAACGUGAGUAAUUCUCAUGCGUACACAGCUCAGUUUUUUUUUUUUUACUUUUCUCUUUCUCGCUUAUUUGCCAGUCAGAUUGUACAGUAUGCUUUGAGAGUCGCAUCAAAUGUUAGCCAGUUCCAUCCCAUUUAAUGGAUCAAAGACAGUAUGGGUGAGAAUGGUCUUGCUUUGUUUUCAAGUCUAGUCAAUUGUCAGAUUUUGAUGUUGCUUAUUUGGCUUAAAUGUUCUGCCUGAUCAUGCUAGUUUGAAUAAAGCUUUUUAA